GCCUGGGCGCUCUCGGGCUCGGGUCUGGGGCGCCGCGGUAGAGCAGGCGGCUGCGCGGCUGGAGCGCCGCGGGGAGGGCUGCGUCGGUUGCUUUCUGCAGCCGCGUCUCCGCCUGCUCCCCUCGCCGUCCCCGGGGCGUUGUGCGUCUCCAGUCUGGGAUCCAAGCCGCCGGCCACAGCGGCCGGCCGGAUCCGCGUCCCGCCUCAGCGCCCGGAGGACAUGCUGGAGAGAGAAUGAGCCAGAGAGACACGCUGGUGCAUCUGUUUGCCGGGGGAUGUGGUGGUACAGUGGGAGCUAUUCUGACAUGUCCACUGGAAGUUGUAAAAACACGACUGCAGUCAUCUUCUGUGACGCUUUAUAUCUCUGAAGUUCAUUUGAACACAAUGGCUGGAGCCAGUGUCAACCGAGUAGUGUCUCCUGGACCUCUCCAUUGCCUAAAGGUGAUCUUGGAAAAAGAAGGGCCUCGUUCCUUGUUUAGAGGAUUGGGCCCCAAUUUAGUGGGGGUGGCCCCAUCCAGAGCAAUAUACUUUGCUGCUUAUUCAAACUGCAAGGAAAAGUUGAAUGGUGUAUUUGAUCCUGAUUCCACCCAGGUACACAUGAUUUCAGCUGCAAUGGCAGGUUUUACCGCAAUCACGGCAACCAACCCCAUUUGGCUUAUAAAGACUCGGUUACAGCUUGAUGCAAGGAACCGUGGGGAAAAGCGAAUGGGUGCUUUUGAAUGUGUUCGUAAAGUGUAUCAGACAGAUGGACUUAGAGGAUUUUAUAGGGGCAUGUCUGCUUCAUAUGCUGGCAUAUCAGAGACUGUAAUCCAUUUUGUUAUAUAUGAAAGUAUAAAGCAAAAACUACUGGAAUAUAAAAUUGCUUCUACAAUGGAAAAUGAAGAAGAGUCUGUGAAAGAAGCAUCAGAUUUUGUGGGAAUGAUGCUAGCAGCUGCCACGUCAAAAACUUGUGCCACAACUAUAGCAUAUCCACAUGAAGUUAUAAGAACAAGACUACGUGAAGAGGGAACAAAAUAUAGAUCUUUCUUUCAGACACUGUCUUUGGUUGUUCAAGAAGAAGGUUAUGGAUCUCUUUACCGUGGUCUAACAACUCAUCUGGUGAGACAGAUUCCAAACACAGCCAUCAUGAUGGCCACCUAUGAAUUGGUGGUCUACCUACUCAAUGGAUAGUAUCGCAUAGGGCUGCUGUACUACAAAGAGGGAAGACCAAAAGAUUACAGUGGACCAUGGAAUAUUGAAGCCAGCCUGAUGGACAGAAGAAAAGUAGUUUGGGAACACAUAGCUGUGCUUAAGUGGAAGUUUGGUUGUAGGAAUUAAAGUAAUCAUACCACAUUACUUGGUCUUUCAGUAAUGUGAA